GCAUUUAAAUUAGAUCUAGAUCUAAACGUUCUUAAUUUUCUAUGGUCCUGGUGAACUACUCAAGGAUUUGAAUACAUGUAAAUUAUAGUUGGUAGUCUUGAUGCGUUUACUUGGUCUGCUAAAAAUGGCUAAAACACCAUGUAGGUCCAGAUCUUUAAAUUUUAUAGAUAUUGGAGCUAAUUUGAGUGAUGCUGUCUACAAGGGUGUAUAUAAUGGUAAACAGUGCCAUGAAGAUGACCUUGAACAGGUGUUGAAUCGAGCUUAUCAACAUAAUGUACAAAAGGUUAUUAUUACUGGUGGUUCUUUGAAGGAUUCUCAAGCAGCAUUGAAUAUAGCAAAACUAAAAGAUAAUUUAUACUGCACAGUUGGUUGUCAUCCAACCCGUUCACUUGAAUUUGAAAAGGAUGGUCAAGAUCCAGAAAAUUAUCUCCAAGAACUUAUUACAUUGGCCAAUGAAAAUAAAAAGAAAGUUGUUGCAGUUGGAGAGAUGGGGCUUGAUUUUGAUCGACUACAUUUUGCACCAAAGGAAGCUCAAAUAAAGUAUUUUACAAAACAGAUGGAUCUAAUUUCAGCAACCAACCUCCCAGUUUUUUUUCACUGUCGAGCUGCUCAUCCUGAAUUCAUUUCUGUUGUAUCAAAAUACAGAGAUAACAUUCGUGGAGGAGUUGUUCACUCUUUUACUGGUACUAAAGAAGAAGCAGCAGCUAUUUUGGAUCUUGGUCUUUAUAUUGGCAUUAAUGGAUGUUCUUUGAAAACCCAAGAAAACAUAGAUGUCAUGUGUACAAUACCUAGCAACAGGCUCAUGAUAGAAACAGAUUGUCCAUAUUGUGAAAUAAGACCAACACAUGCAGGGUUCAAGUAUAUAAAAACUCAGUUUGUCUCCAAAAAAAAAGAGAAAUAUGACCCAGAGUUUUGUGUCAAAUCUAGAAACGAACCAUGCACAAUUAUUCAAGUUCUUGAAGUGAUGUCAGGUGCAAGGCAAGAAAAUGAAGAUGAUCUGGCAGAUAUUAUUUACAAAAAUACAUUAGAACUGUUUUUUAAAGGCUCUGAGAGUUGUUGACCUAUUUUGUAAUGCUUAAUAAAUUAAUAAAUGCCUUUAAGUCCAACAAUAAAAAAAAUACAUUUAUGUUUAUGUAGUA